AUGUCACCCAUACUGAAAUCCUUCUGGAGCUUCAAGAAUGGCAUAAUCCUUCUCAUUACACCUUUGAUACUGCUUCCUCUGCCACUUCAUGUUGGCACAACGGAGGCCAGCUGUGCAUAUGUGAUAUUGCUGAUGGCAGUGUACUGGUGUACAGAGGCUCUACCUUUGGCUGUAACAUCUCUGCUGCCGGCUCUUUUAUUUCCUCUUUUCGGCAUCAUGAAGUCCAAACAGGUGUGCAUUCAGUACCUGAAAGACACUAAUAUGUUGUUUGUAAGUGGGCUGAUGGUGGCAGUGGCUGUAGAGCAUUGGAACCUGCACAAGCGCAUUGCUCUCCGAGUACUGCUACUUGUAGGAGUGCGCCCGGCACUUCUAAUGUUAGGUUUCAUGGGUGUGACAUCAUUCCUGUCCAUGUGGAUCAGUAACACGGCCACCACGGCUAUGAUGGUUCCUAUAGUGCAGGCUGUGCUGGAGCAGCUGAACAAUCAGGAAACAGAACCAGUACCUAUCAGAUGUAAUGAUGAGGACAGCCAGGCUGCAGAGACACAACAUGACCCGGCCAAACCCAAAGAUGGAGAAGCAGUGGUAAGUGGUUUGGAAGUCUCAGCAGAGACUGCCAUGCUACAGGAGUCUGCAGAAAAACAGCAGAUAUGUAAAGGUAUGACGCUGUGUGUAUGUUAUGCUGCCAGCAUUGGAGGAACUGCCACCCUCACGGGGACGGGACCAAACCUGGUGCUUAAGGGACAAAUGAACCAAUUAUUUCCUCAGAAUGGUGACAUCAUCAAUUUUGCCUCCUGGUUUGGCUUUGCCUUUCCAAACAUGAUUCUUAUGCUGGCUUUAGCCUGGCUGUGGCUGCAGUUUCUUUUUAUGGGGCUUAACUUCAAAAAAACUUGGGGUUGCAGGUCAGUGAAGACAGAGAAGGAGAUUGCUGCCUAUAACGUCAUUCGAGAGCAGCACCGGCUGUUGGGGCCCAUGUCAUAUGGAGAAUUCAGUGUUUUGGCACUCUUCGUUCUACUUGUGGUUCUGUGGUUCACCAGGGAUCCCGGAUUUGUGGCAGGCUGGGCCACACACACGUUCAACUCAAAAGCAGAGUGAGGGUAUGUGACAGAUGCCACUGUAGCAGUGUUUAUUGCUGUUCUUCUUUUCAUUUUGCCAUCAACACCACCAGUGCUGUUCUGUAGGCCACCUACUCACCCCAGCCCAGGUAAGAUAAAUCUAAACCUCUCUUUGCUCACGUGGAAGGUAGCUCAGAGGAAGUUGCCCUGGAGCAUAGUGCUUCUUCUUGGAGGAGGGUUUGCCCUGGCUAAAGGAAGUGAGGAGUCAGGCUUGUCCAGGUGGAUGGGUAACCAGUUAACUCCCCUGCACAGUAUUCCACCCUGGGCCAUUGCUAUUGUACUAUGUCUCCUCAUAUCCACUUUUACUGAGUGCACCAGCAACGUGGCCACAGCUACUCUCUUCCUUCCUGUCCUGGCAUCUAUGUCGCAGUCUAUUGGAAUGAACCCCUUGUAUAUCAUGGUGCCCUGCACACUGAGUGCCUCUUUUGCUUUCAUGUUACCCGUGGCAACGCCCCCCAAUGCUAUCGUAUUCUCCUAUGGUUACCUCAAGGUGUCGGACAUGGCAAAGGCUGGAAUAACGAUGAACAUAAUAGGAAUCAUUUGCAUCACGCUGGCCAUCAACACCUGGGGAAAGGCCAUGUUUCAUUUGGACUCCUUCCCUACAUGGGCCAACAGGACUGGCUUGUAA